ACACCAGAGCGUCAAAAAUACCGCUAGAAGUCGGAUUGUGAUGUUUUAGUUUAUGUACUUUUUUUGGAAGACUUUUUAUUAUUAUUAAUUUUUUUUGGAAAUGCUGAAGGAAACAUGAACAGAAAUCAUUUAUAAGACCCGGCUGACUUUCAAAAAAAAAAGAUAAUAAUAAUAAAUAAAAUAUAUAUAUAUAUAUAUUUAUAUAUAUAUAUAUAUAUUUAUAUAUCCUGAAAUCCAAAGAGAAGCAUACACCCUUGAGGGAUACCGUAGCGCGUCAUCAUUGACGGGCUCGUGCCAGCCGGUAUAGUGGAGCGGGACGUGGGCUCGCUGUCUGCGGUCAGCGGAUCUGGCUCGGUGUCGGUGUCUAUACCUGUAUUAACGCUGUUCAAAGACAGCAUGGUUGCGGGAAAAGGCGUCGUGAAAGCCUCGCUCUGGCAGAACGAACGUGUGCGCUUCUUCGUCUGCUUUUUCGGAGUGUUCGUGUGUUACUUUUACUACGGAAUCCUCCAGGAGACCAUAACACGAGGAGACUACAGCCAGGGGGAGAAAAAGGAAAAGUUUCACUAUGCCACUACACUCGUGUUCAUCCAGUGUAUCAUCAAUGCUCUUUUUGCUCGAGUCUUGAUCCAGUUUUUCGAGGGCUCCAGGCCGGACCACACGCGUAGCUGGCUCUAUGCAGUGUGUGCUCUCUCCUAUCUGGGAGCCAUGGUGUCCAGCAACUCUUCUCUACUGUAUGUCAACUACCCCACCCAGGUUUUAGGAAAAUCAUGUAAACCUAUCCCAGUCAUGAUCCUCGGUGUGACCAUUCUGAGGAAGAAGUACCCCAUGGCCAAGUAUCUGUGUGUGCUUCUGAUUGUCAGUGGUGUGGCACUUUUCCUCUACAAACCCAACAAAGGCUCCACCUCUACAGAUGAACAUGUGUUUGGCUUUGGAGAGAUGCUGCUGCUCCUCUCCCUGACGCUGGAUGGUCUGACAGGUGUAGCUCAGGAUCACAUGAGGGGUCGCUUCCAGACAGGAGCCAAUCAUAUGAUGCUGAAUGUGAAUCUGUGGUCAACACUGAUAUUGGGUUUGGCUGUGUUGUGGACCGGGGAGGUGUGGGAGUUUCUAAGCUUUGCUGAUCGCUAUCCCAGUGUCAUCUACAACAUUUUGCUCUUUGGUUUCACCAGUGCUCUGGGACAGACCUUCAUCUUUAUGACAGUUGUGUAUUUUGGGCCCCUCACCUGCUCCAUCGUCACAACAACAAGGAAGUUCUUCACCAUCCUGGGCUCGGUGCUGUUGUUUGGGAAUGUCAUCACACCCUUGCAGUGGCUUGGGACCAUUCUUGUUUUCCUGGGUCUCGGCUUGGACGCCAAGUUUGGCAAAACACCCAAAAAGACAACACACUAAAGCACAAAUAAAACAUGUGUGUAAGCAUGUACUGUACUCAUGGACAGAAAACUUGAAACGUCUGUUUCUGUUGGUGCAACACAUCAGUGGCUAAUCUGAAAAACAAUGUAAUUAUUUUUAUGCUUUUUUUCUCCUACAAAUCGCUGACAAAGUGGUGGACUGGAUAGUAAUAGAUGGUAGAAAUUUUAGUUUCAUUUUUUCUAUCAAAAUACCAGACACUUUUUUUUUUUUUUUUUUUAACUAUACUUCCAGGGAGUUUAGAUCCAGAGGGCAUUGAGCAUGAUAAGAAGAUAAGAUUAGAUUUACACACUUCUGGCCUGCAUGUGCACCAGCUCAGACCGACUGGUUCCUCACAGACAGCGAUUCAUAUCCAGCUCCAUUUGUUAGCAUCAGUUUUACUCUGAAUCCAGCCAGACGACUCUUUUGUGGUUCUUUGUUUUUUUAAAUGUAUAAUGCACAUUCAUGUGUAUAUUUAAAAGCGUGUCAGGUCUGUCACUCCUUCUGAAAUGUACAUCUUUAAUGUUCACCCUGUCCACUGCAUCUAAGCCAUAUCAGAUUUAAUCUGAUGUACAACGGAAAUUCUUUCAUGUAAAACAUGACUUUUUUUUUUUAUUUAUGUUCCUGUCUAGUGUUUUGUUUACUGUUUUCUGAGAAAUAAUAGAAUAAUUUGAAUUGAAAAAUAAUUAGGUUUUAGUGUAUUUUUGACCAGUUGGAAAUGUACUGAGUAUUUAACUAAAAGGGAAAAUCAGCCAGACUAUCGGGGGUGUGUGAUGACCAGCUGUUGUAUGUGAACAUUGUGUUUGAGUCUGCCAGCGAAGCCGUGUUGUCCGUCUGUCCAUCGAGGGGUUGGUGUGGGGGGGAAUCCAGCCAGAUGGCAUUAAACUUAUUUUGGACAUGAAUAAA